UCUCCUCCUCUGAAAACAUCCUCUCACCGUAAUCUCCCCUUGACUAGGUUUUAUACCGUUCCUCCUUUCUAAUUCCCGUUUUCCCCGCUGUCCGUCACUGCCGCAGAUGAUAUCCGCCUCUUGAAUUGCCAGAGUUCCUCUAAUAAGACUUUGCACGACCGAAACGACCCUUCACGACCCGCCUCUCAGGCCCCCGGGCCCAUCUCUAUACACAGGAUGGCUGCGUCGCUAUCACAUCCGACAACCCUCGCUCCACUCAAGUCUAGUGACCCUAGCGUCACAGGCCGUAGCACCACAGCUGAAGACGCCUCCCAAGCCUCCUCAGCAACGACCAUGCCGUCCGACAGCCUCCCCAUAGCCACGCCGCGCUUCACCUUUCGUCCUCUCCGUCGUAGUUCGAGCCGUAUCCAGCGUUGGGUGCAGGACCAGCAGAAGCGCCAUUCGGCCGGCGAACCUGCGGAAAGCGCAUUAGACGCUGUUACCGUCUGCGAUAUUUCCGAAGCCGCCUCAGAACGCGACGAGUGGCAAGCAGCCCCGCAAGUCACUGUGCAACACCCUUCGCUCGAUGGUGAGGAUGCUGUGAUGCAUGACAACGGCUUCGAGGGGGACGACCAGCUUCGAUCUGACAACGCGCCGCGUAUGCAGCCGGUGGUCGACCUUUCAACCUCGCCUCCUCCUCCACGCAAGAACCGUCAGGGAACUGUCGUCUUUAACACGCCAGAGCCCCUGCGAAACUUUGCACGGAACCUCGCUCAAAAUCGCCGGAUCUCGACUUCAACCUCCGUCACCGUGCGCGAACCAAGCCCGAAUCGCUCCUCUAUCUUCCAGCGUUCUGCGUCACAUACGCGCACCCCUAGCUUCACGACUACCCUAUUCUCACAGCGAUCUAGGGGUGAUACUACGUCCGAAGUUUCAGAGCUUUCAUCAUCGCCAUCCGCUUCGACAUGGAGGUUCAGGCCUGCAGGCAUCAUAAGCCAUUUCCAUUCUGGCUCAGACGGCAUGGCGGAAGACCUCUCUCAUACCCGACUUAGCACCUCAUCUUCAUUAAGCCGCUCCUCUGAAACAGCCCAGACCAGGACUUCGCUCGAGAGUGCGACCACCUCGCAGUCUGGGCCAAGUAAACGCGUGCGUACACCCUCAAUGAUCUUCAACCCAGCGCCUUCGCUUUGGUCCUUGCCCACGGACGCCUCGCACAUGGAUGAUCCACCAGAGUCUACUAAGACUAUCGCCCGCGAACGUCAGAUAUCAGGAUCCGUCAGGAUACCACUCCCACUACGCGGUUCUGCAGGAUCCUCCGCACCUGCCAUCCUUUCUUCUCAAAAGCGGAGAAGAAAACGUAAGCUAGUAAUCAGUGGCAUUCAACCUGGCGACCAGCGUCGAUACGAACACGUCCGGAUGUGGUGUGAAUCGUUUGGAGAACUGAACCAGAUCACCCGUAUGCCUAACGGGGAUUUACAUGUAGACUUCCGGCGAUCCGAAGUUGCUGACACGGUUUGUCGCUUGCAUGCUAGGGUGCACAUCAACGGUGUCGGGAGCGUAGGUCUCUCGUGGUUCACCGGUAAAAAGCCAUAGCAACUUUCGACCGGACCCGCUCGGUGCUUCGAAGUGCGUCGGCUUAAAGUUCCGUCGCCUCUAUGCGCCUUCCGUCCAGCGUCACUAUGCCUUAUGAUCUUCACGAGCUUACGACAUUUCUUGCACGACCCCAAGCCGAACUGUGAAUACCUUAAUACCAACUGUUACCGAACGCUUUCAACAAACUACCGCUUUUCCCACUUCGCAUUUGUACACAUUGCACAUUGAAGAGCUCGACCAUCUUCGCAUUGAGUCCUGCAUCAUAGAAACAACAUCUAUUCCUCCUAUACCAAAUCUUGCAGAUUCUUCUCUAAUACCAUUACCAUCUUCGCAUCUACUAUACCCUUAUCACUUCGAUUUCGCGUCGCAGCACUUUCGGCCGUAGCUGUCGCUUCGCUACCUAUGCAUAGCUUUACCGUCUGCUUUGCGCCCUUCAUCUUCGCCCUUCGUCAUGCACGUAAUUCGUCUGCAUCAUAUGAACAUGAAAUGCAAAUCUAUAUCCUAUACCCCGUAAAUAGUGGAGAUGGCAUCGUGAGGUAUUGUGCCCAACAGAUGACGUGUGGUACGUAGAUGGUGCAUGACGAAAGUAACGAUACAAGCCAAGGAUAAAUAACAGAACAGCGUGUCAGUGACUGUUGAGACACCUGCCGUGCGAUGAUCACGACUCUGAAUACGCUGGUGGAGGCUCUUCCGAAUGAUCUGAGUGUGGCAAGGGUUGAGAGCUCGAGGGUCCCGCGGUGUCAAAGCGGUAGCCCGAGUCAUUAUGCUGGCGUACAGGCGCGGCAGGUGGUGUGUGUAUUCCUGCCUCUGCUGCCUUGCGCUGCCGGGGCGUCAUGCGGAGCGGCGCUGUGCUCGCCAGCGCAAGCGCUGAGGGGCCCGCAACUGCCGAGCUCGCGCGUGAUGACUCUGUGAAGGAGGAAUGUUCGCUCAGACCGCCCAUAGUGCCGUGUAGAUCCGGCGGCGGCGACAACACAGAUAUGCUCGGGGACCGCAACGCCGCUGACGGAACGGAGUAUAAUGAAGCAGAACGGGCGGAACGCGGUGUUGGGGGAUACGGCGUUAUCGUAGACACCGCGGACAUAUUCGAUUUACGGGCUGAUGGUGCCGCACCAGAGCCCAGGAAUAGUGGUUCUGUAUCUAGAUUGCAUCACUCGUU